CGGACACACAACUUCAGCCCUUCAACUUGAAGUUUCACUCUAAACUUUACGUUCAGCGCGGACCAGUCCCUCCGUUCAGCAGCAUGGCUCUGUCAAACAAGUGGUGGCUUCUGUGCGCCGUUUCGCUCUCCUGUGUCGCCCGUUUGGGGUCUUGCAGAGGACAUAGACAAGCAGAUGGAGCACAGCCCGAGCUCUUCAUCUUCAAUGAGUUGUGCGCCCUAAAGGACGAGCCAGGGCCUUGCAAGGCCAUUAAGGAUAGAUUCUUCUUCAAUAUCGACACGGGGCUCUGUGAGCUGUUUGAGUAUGGAGGCUGUGGGGGAAACGAAAACAACUUCGAGACCUUGGAAUCAUGUGAGGAAAUGUGCAUUGUCUCAGAGGACAAGAGUCCGUGUCAUUUGCCAGAGGCUCCUGGUCCCUGUCGAGGACUGGUGAAACGCUACUUCUUUGACAGCAAGAGUCAGCAGUGCAAUCAUUUCUUUUAUGGUGGCUGCUUUGGCAAUGCCAACAACUUCAGGAGCAUGGCGGAGUGCCAGGCGAAAUGUCAGAACCCAGUAAAACCCACUAAGGCACCAGAAGUCCACACACAGCCUGCUAGGAAAUUUAUGGAUGUGCAGCCAACCAUGCUGACUGGGGAAAUGCUUGUAAGUGAACUUCAAGUGCAUCUGAAUGACUCUAAUCAGCAGAUAAAAGAGUUGAAGCCUAAGGAUGUUUGCAGCAGUCCUAUGGACAGGGGAACAUGUCACAGUGUAGAGAAGAGAUUUGCAUUCAACCCCAACACCAAGAGAUGCCAGAUGUUUCACUACAGCGGAUGCGGGGGAAACGAGAACAACUUCACAUCACGCAAACAGUGUAUUAAAAAGUGCAUUAGGAGCAGAAAUGGUCACGUGACGAAGAGGAUCCGAAUAAGGAGGAAAAACAUAGGCAACAUCGUUCAUCGCUCAGCGUGAACACCUCGCCCUGCAUUACAUCCUGCACUGCUGUGGAGUCACCUGUAUUUAUGUCCAUAUUUUAUUCUUAGCUUAACCCAUACUGUUGUUUUGUAGUGCAACAACUAAUGUGUAAAAACAACUAAUUGUGUACCUGAAUUAACUUUGUAGAGACAGGAUCAUUAUCCACAUAGUUUCAAAUAUCUCAUUGACAAAAAACAUUCUGUAUUUGUUUUGCUGAUCCAAUAUAGUGGCUCUCUACAUUCAUGAUUUGCAUGUGUGUUCUUUUGUAUACAAAUAUCAUUUAAUUUUUACAGCUUCGGAUCUCUGUUAUGAGCACAAUGAUAUAAACUUUUUAAUGUAACUUUAAAAAAAAA